AUGAACAAUGAAGAGGGUAGUGUAUCGACGGAAGCACUGCUUAAUGGUGAUUUGGAUGCUGCUACGGAUUCCCUAAUUGCAGGCAAUGUCUCAUCCUUGAUGGACAAAGUGCAUAUUUCACACCCAGUUGGUGAGUCAAUUAAUACUAUUCGUGGAGGAAAUCGUUCAACAGAGUAUCAAGUGGUUACAGAUUCCUGGGAUGUGUUAAGAGAUAUGCUUGAUCCUUUCUUCCAGCGCAUAGCCAAGUUUCUGGAGUUGAAUGGUCUGUCACCCACGUUUUUGUCAGUAUUUAAGAUCUAUUUGAGGAUACUAAAGGAUAACAAUUUGGAUCCACUUGCUGAUGAUUAUCUUUUGUGUUUGCAGAAUGAGCUUGGUAGAUCACUUGUUAUGAGCAGUGUGUUAGAAGAACUGCUUGUAUACUUUUUAAUUAGGCCUGCUAAUAUGUAUAUCUCUAUGGCACUUUUUGAACACAAACAAAAUAGAUCAAUCUCCUUUUCGUAUCUUAAGCAAAUGGAAUCCAUAUAUCUUCUAAAAUCACAGGAGAGGAAGAUGUUACUGGCAAGAGAUCAUGCUCUGAUACUGAGAAUCUUGGAACGGUGGAGAGAUGAGUUAGACGUGAAAGGCAAUUUGUGGUAUGAAAAGGCUAAUGAAUUUAAAGAUGUUUGCUCGAAGAUUUUAGGGUAUGACCUAUGGAUGAAAAAGGCUGAAUCAAAUCAAAAUAAAAUGAAAUUGGCCGAUGAAUAUUUCAUGGAUAAAUCACUGAAAAGGGUUAUAAAAAGUCUACAAAAACUGAAAAAUGCUGAACAGUCCUUACAAUUUGUUCAAGAUAAGAUAAUGUUAAAACACUAUAUGCAAAUAUGGCAAUUGUCUCAUAGGUCAAAACAGUUUUCAGUCAGAAACAACAAUAUAAUGAAGAUUUCAAUCAGGAAAUGGCUUAAUAGAAUUCAAUGUGCGACAAGUAAAUGCAAGAUUGCUUAUAGAUUCAGAGAAAGACAUGAAAUACAGAUUGCAUUUACCAGGUUUAAGAAUGAAUAUGAUAGAAGACAGCACUAUAACGAAGGCUUAGAGGAAAGAGGUGAUCAAUUGAUCAAGAGAAAGUCUUUUAAAAUUUUUUUACAUACAUUUGAACUUCGAAAACUGUUGCGAAAUGUACUCAUUAGAAAUGAAUACAACUCACAGCGAAAAUAUAUGGAAAUAUGGAAAAGGCGCACCAAUCAAAUUAAGCUAGCUGAUGAUAUUAGACUGAGUCAGUUGGUAAGAAAAUCUAACCAAAUCAUUUCAAUGUGGCACAAGAAUGUUAUCCUUGAACAAUUGCUAACCAAACACAAUACCGAUAAGUUACGGAAGCAAUUCAUACUUAAAUGGAGAUUAGCAACAAAGUACAAAGUUUUCAUGAGAAAUACAGACAAACUCUUGAAAUUGCAUAAACUAGAGAUUUGGAAAAGCAACUCAAGAGACUUACAGAGGGCAAACCAUUUUAGAAAAACUAAGAUGCUACAAAAUACAUACACUAACUUAACUAAGAUUUAUGGAAAGAUCAAUAAGAUGCAAAGAAAUUCAGCAUUACUAUGCGAGUAUCAUUUGAAAAGGAAUACAUUGUUACAAAUGAAGAUUUUUGAAAAUAAAAAAGUCGUUUUGAUGGGACGGCAACAGAGGUUUGUGAAAGUAAAAUAUUGGAAAAUCAUUAAAGACAUAUAUGAUACAGAUAUAGCUCUUAAAAAUUUGGAAGCUACAUCACUAUCAGCAAAGUUAUCACGCUUACUACUAAAAAGAUACUUCAGGAUAUGGAUGGAAAACUAUCAAGAUGUAAGGGAGAUAAAACUAACAGUCAUCGAAAAUGAAGUGACCAAGAUAAUGCAUGAUCAUCUCAAGAAGCGAUUUUUAAAGACCCUUUUAUUCGCAGUAUACGCAAUUGAGGCCGAUAAAACUUAUGAGCGGUCAUUAAAAUUAAACGUAUACCUGAAAUGGCUAGUUAAUUCAGAGUCACUUAAAGAAAAUGAGAGACAGCUGACCACAUUAUUAGCUAAACAGAAGAUUCGUCAUCAUUACCUUUUGUGGAAAGAACAUUCUAAGAAGGUAAACCAACUAAACAUCAUACUGGAUAAUAAAAAGUCAACAUUAUCUUCCCAUCAUUUACAUAAGUAUUUGCAAAUUUGGUCCAACAGACUGAAAAAUAACUCUUCCCUUAUCGAAAAAAUACAACUAAGGUGGUCGAGAGCCCUUUUAAGAGGGUGCUUACAAUCAUGGAAAGAGAAAUCUAAAAACAGAGGGUCAGCCUCCCUAUCUGAUGAGCUUGAUACAGCUUAUAAAACACCUCACAGAGAAAAUGUACGUAAGUAUGACGUGCUUAACUUCAGUGAUGCAAAAUAUAGACAAGCAAUGAGAACAAAGAAGAUUGCGAGCCCAAUUAAAGCUUCAUCUGUUCUCGAAUCUGUAUUAAAAAGACGAGUGGAUAAUCCAUACAAACUUACAGAUGAAAAUGCAACUCAAAUGACAAUAGAAAAUGGUAAAGAACAAAUGAAGAAAAUAGAAUCUAGCAUCUCAAAGUUAGCAUUCAGUGACGUUCCACAGUUGACACCAAAUGAUGCGCGCCUCAGAGGUUCACCCGGUAGAAGAGCGUAA